AUGGCUGAGCUGUGGAAGGCGUUUGUGCUGGUGCUGGGUCUGGCAGUGGUGUCCUGUGAGGCAAAUCGCCGACUGAGAUAUGAGGAUAUUGUUGCCCAGGCCUUGAAGUUCUACAAUGACGGGCAGCGAGGAAAGCCCUUAUUCCGCCUUCUGGAAGCCACCCCACCAUCUACAAAUUCCACCACCAGGAUCCUACUCGAUUUGAGGAUUAAAGAAACAGUAUGCAUUUCCACUCAGGAGAGACAGCCCCAAGAAUGUGACUUCCGUGAAGGCGGGGAGGAGCGAACCUGCACUGGUGAAUUCUUUAGAAGGCGAUCUCUGCGCAUCCUGACCUUGACCUGUGACAGGAUCUGUGCGGCAGAGUCCCAGGUCUCUCUGAUGAGCCCUUUGGCUGACUCCCCUGAGGCCGACGCCCCGCUGAAGGCCGAAAGCACCCAGCUGCCCCCUGCGAUCAGGAACAUUUAUGAGAACGCCAAGUACGACAUUAUCAACAACAUCCUGCGUAAUUUCUAGGGCUGGAGGAGGGAGGGGAGGUCCUGUCUGUGUGCCAUGACCUCUUCCAAAUCUCCCUCCGCGGCCUUCAGCACUUCCUUUCCUGCAUGGUCCAGAGACGUCCCCUUUUCACAUAGCCUCUAACUCACGCGGAGCCCCAGCCUUUGUACAUCUGCUUUCUUCUGCUGGGACUCCACGCCCCAUCCUGUCUUUAAUACUCUUCCCCCCUCAAGUCAGCUCCAAAGCUCCUCUCCUGCAGGAAGCUUCCUUGCUCUGCCAGAGCAAAGGGGUCCUUCCCUCAUUCAGUUCACUCACAGUCCUCGAAACACAAUGCCUUGACAUGCUGAGUCUUAGCCAGAGAGCACCAUGCUACAGCUGGCCCUCCUGCAGGUGGCUGGCCAAUCAAUUUCUCAAUGGAGAGCUCUGGCAUCAUGAGAGGGUGGUUUCUCUUGGGAAAGACCCUGAGUGCCCCUGCUCCCAGCCCAGUGACUGGGACAACCAAAUGCACCUUUACAUAUCCCAGUCACCUUGGUGGGAGCUU